CAAUUACUCUUCAAUUAUCGUGGACAUAUGGUUGUAGAACCUGAUGAAGAAGUUAUCGAAAAUAGUCUUCUUAAUUCAAUAGCCAGUCUUUUAAAACUCAGGAGAAUUAAAAGUGAAACGAUUCAUCUUCCAUUGCUCGCUAAUGAGUGUUUUUUUUGCAUUAUUCCUCACAGUAUCAAAAUUGUACUUAUCAAGUCAUCGUUGUCAUGUAUGCUCUAAAUGUGAUGAACCAUUCGUAAUUAAAAAAGGUGAAAUACAAUCCGGUUGUAGUUUCUGUUCAACUGUAAGAACAUAUUCUCAAGACAGGUUAAUGGUAACCAGUCGCAGUUGUGUGCCUGUAUGCGUUGAAAGUGAUUCUAGAAGGUCUGGUACAGGAAUAGUCACUUCAUGUUGUAGUGGGGACUUGUGCAAUUCCAGUGGAAGGAUACAAAUAUCUUUGCCUUUAAUUAUGGUUUCUAUAUUUGCUAUUCUACCAAUAUUAUCCAUAAAAUUUUGA